GGUAGACAGGCGUGGCGCUCAGCGAUGAUGUCAGCUCCGGUUGCCUUGCUGAGUCGGAAGUAGGAACCUUUUGGUCGCUGUGGCUGUGAGGUGUCGUCGUUGCUGCCCUUUCAGGCUCUGCCCCUCCCCCUAGGGCUGGAUGGAGGAUACCUUAAAGUGAAAUGACAGACCAGGAGAAUAACAACAACAUCUCAAGUAACCCCUUUGCUGCUCUUUUUGGCUCCCUGGCUGAUGCCAAGCAGUUUGCAGCAAUCCAAAAAGAGCAGCUGAAGCAGCAAUCUGAUGAGCUCCCAGCAAGCCCAGAUGAUUCGGAUAAUAGUGUGUCGGAGAGCCUGGAUGAAUUUGACUACUCUGUGUCUGAGAUUAGCCGCUCCUUCCGGUCACAGCAAGAAAUAUGUGAGCAACUCAACAUCAAUCACAUGAUCCAAAGGAUCUUCCUCAUUACUCUGGACAACAGUGACCCAAACUUGAAAAGCGGGAAUGGUAUCCCCAGCCGUUGUGUGUACUUGGAAGAAAUGGCAGUAGAGCUGGAAGAUCAAGACUGGCUUGAUAUGAGCAAUGUCGAGCAGGCCAUCUUUGCUCGGUUAUUGCUUCAAGAUCCAGGAAACCACUUGAUCAGCAUGACUUCUUCUUCAACGUUAAAUCUCUCUGCUGAUAGAGAUGCUGGGGAGAGGCACAUCUUUUGUUACCUUUACUCCUGUUUCCAAAGAGCCAAGGAAGAGAUUACCAAAGUUCCAGAAAACCUGCUCCCCUUUGCAGUGCAGUGCAGGAACCUCACUGUGUCCAACACGCGAACAGUUCUCCUCACUCCAGAGAUCUAUGUUGACCAAAACAUCCAUGAACAGCUGGUAGAUUUGAUGUUAGAAGCCAUUCAGGGAGCCCAUUUUGAAGAUGUAACUGAGUUUUUAGAAGAGGUCAUUGAAGCCUUGCUGUUGGAUGAGGAAGUUCGAACGUUUCCUGAAGUCAUGAUUCCAGUGUUUGAUAUUUUACUAGGCCGAAUAAAAGAUCUGGAGCUCUGCCAGAUCCUGCUGUAUGCGCAUCUGGAUAUUCUUCUCUAUUUCACCAGGCAGAAGGAUAUGGCCAAGGUUUUUUUAGAAUACAUUCAGCCCAAGGACCCUAGCAAUGGGCAGAUGUAUCAGAAGACCCUGCUAGGAGUAAUUCUGAAUAUCUCGUGCUUGUUAAAGACGCCGGGUGUGGUAGAAAAUCAUGGCUACUUUCUGAAUCCAUCUCGUUCCAGUCCUCAGGAGAUCAAAGUUCAGGAGGCCAACAUUCAUCAGUUCAUGGCUCAGUUCCAUGAAAAGAUCUACCAGAUGCUGAAGAACUUGCUCCAGCUCUCUCCAGAAACCAAGCACUGUAUCUUGUUCUGGCUUGGAAACUGUUUGCAUGCAAAUGCAGGCCGCACCAAGAUCUGGGCCAAUCAAAUGCCCGAAAUCUUCUUCCAAAUGUAUGCCUCAGAUGCCUUCUUUCUGAAUCUGGGUGCUGCUCUUCUGAAGCUGUGCCAGCCAUUCUGCAAACCCAGAUCCUCCCGGCUCCUCACUUUUAAUCCCUCAUACUGUGUCCUGAAGGAGUUGAAUGAUGAAGAACGAAAAAUUAAAAAUGUACACAUGAGAGGUUUGGACAAAGAGACCUGCUUGAUCCCGGCUGUGCAGGAACCCGUGUUCCCCCAGAGCUAUAACCUUGUGACGGAGAACCUGGCCCUGACAGAGUAUACCUUGUACUUGGGAUUUCACAGGUUGCAUGAUCAGAUGGUAAAAAUCAACCAAAAUCUGCAUCGGCUGCAGGUUGCCUGGCGGGAUGCUCAGCAGAGUUCUAGCCCUGCUGCUGACAAUCUCCGUGAGCAGUUCGAACGCCUGAUGACCAUCUAUCUUUCUACCAAGACUGCUAUGACUGAGCCACAGAUGCUGCAAAACUGCCUGAAUUUGCAGGUGUCCAUGGCUGUUCUGCUGGUUCAACUGGCCAUAGGCAAUGAGGGCUCACAGACAAUAGAGCUAAGUUUUCCUUUGCCAGAUGGCUACAGCUCUUUGGCUUAUGUGCCAGAAUUUUUUGCAGAUAACCUGGGUGAUUUCCUCAUUUUCCUCCGGCGCUUUGCUGAGGACAUCUUGGAGACGUCAGCAGACUCCCUGGAGCAUGUCCUUAACUUUAUCACCAUCUUCACUGGGAGCAUAGAGAGAAUGAAGAAUCCCCACCUAAGGGCCAAACUAGCAGAGGUCUUGGAAGCAGUGAUGCCUCACUUGGAUCAGACCCCAAAUCCCUUGGUGUCCAGUGUGUUUCACCGGAAACGUGUGUUCUGCAACUUUCCAUAUGCUCCCCAACUUUCAGAAGCCCUAAUCAAGGUUUUUGUGGACAUCGAAUUUACAGGGGACCCCCAUCAAUUUGAACAGAAGUUUAAUUACCGCCGCCCUAUGUAUCCCAUCCUAAGGUACAUGUGGGCGACAGAGAGCUAUAGGGAGAGCAUCAAGGAUUUGGCUGACUAUGCCUCUAAGAAUUUAGAAGCUAUGAAUCCCCCACUGUUCCUCCGAUUUCUUAACCUAUUAAUGAAUGAUGCUAUCUUCCUUUUGGAUGAAGCUAUACAGUAUUUGAGCAAGAUAAAGAUUCAGCAGAUCGAGAAAGACCGAGGAGAAUGGGAGAGUCUGACACCAGAAGCCCGCCGAGAGAAAGAGGCUGGCCUGCAGAUGUUUGGACAGCUGGCACGUUUCCAUAACAUCAUGUCCAAUGAAACAAUUGGUACCCUUUCCUUCCUGACAUCAGAGAUCAAGUCACUGUUUGUGCACCCCUUCCUGGCUGAGCGCAUUAUCUCCAUGUUGAACUACUUCCUGCAGCACCUGGUUGGCCCCAAGAUGGGUGCUCUCAAAGUCAAGGACUUCAGUGAAUUUGACUUCAAGCCUCAGCAGCUUGUCUCAGACAUCUGCACUAUCUACUUAAAUCUUGGGGAUGAGGAGAAUUUCUGUGCUACUGUGCCCAAGGAUGGACGUUCCUAUUCCCCUACUCUCUUUGCACAGACAGUCCGAGUUCUGAAGAAAAUCAAUAAGCCUGGGAAUAUGAUCGUAGCUUUCAGUAACUUGGCAGAGAGAAUCAAGUCUCUCGCAGACCUCCAGCAACAGGAAGAGGAGACAUACGCAGAUGCCUGUGAUGAGUUCCUGGACCCCAUCAUGAGUACACUGAUGUCUGACCCUGUGGUGCUUCCCUCUUCCAGAGUCACUGUGGACAGGUCCACCAUCGCCAGGCAUUUACUCAGUGACCAAACAGAUCCUUUUAACCGUAGUCCCCUUACCAUGGACCAGAUCCGGCCAAACACAGAACUCAAAGAAAAAAUCCAGCGGUGGCUCGCAGAGAGGAAACAACAAAAGGAGCAACUUGAAUAAAUACUGUGAAGUAGACAACCCAAACUAGCACCAGGGCGUAAACAGUUGUUUGGGGUGGUCUCCCUUUCUGGCUCUGAUCCUUUCCUUUUUCUUUCUUUCUUUAGUUUUGUUUUGGUUUUUGGUUUUGGUUUAUCUUAUUCUUUGUUGUUUUUCCUUUACUAAAUUAGAAAAUUGUUCUUGUGCAAAUUAUGAUAAUUAAGAUUCUUAAGACCUUGUCUCCCUGGCUUUCAUGAAAUCUCACAGCAUCUUCAUAAAUCAUCACUAAUCUUCAGCCUUGAUUUUCCUAUUCCUCAUUUCGUUUUCUAACCUAAAUUAUAAUACAUCCAACUACAAAAAUGUCCUGCCACUUUAUUCUUUUCCUUCCCAAGAACUGUUUGGAUAUUUUUUGGUGAGAACUGCGUUUAAGUCUGUGACGUCAGCUGCUUCAGUGACAGCUGUGUCUACUAGCUCCUGUCCUGUCGCAGUUCUGCAGUAUCACAGAGCAGCUUUCCAGAUAAGUACAAAUACCUUAGUGCGCAUAGGCUUUUGGCUGAUGAAUAAGACGGGGGACCUUAUACAGCUUCUGUUGGUAUCUCCUAAUUUUGUAUUAUCUUGUAACUUAAAGAUACCAUCACAGGCACUCCCAUGAGGUUGUCACCACCAAAAACUCAACUGCACAGUCUUGAAGAGUAACAAAAGUGGUGGAGCGUCCAGGAAGGGGGAAGUAAAAAGCUGUUGGUGCCCUUUUUUAUUUUGUGCCCCAAGAACUAGGCCUGGGUAAAAUAGGCAAUAAAUAUAGUGUAUCUAUAAAGAUGCGAAUGCAGUAUAUCUCAGUGUGUAUGUGUUAUACACACAGAUACUGUGUCUUUAUUGGUCUCAUAUGAAUUGAGUACCACAUUAUAUUGUGUCCUCCAUGAUAAAAUGUAUGUGGUAUGUGGCAAUGUCUUCUCAUAUAUUCAUUCUAGUCAAGUAAUAUUGUAAGACUAUAAAAUGUAUAUAGCUAAUGUUUGGGCUGUGACACGGCUCCUAAGAGCUGCUUCUAAUCUAGCCUUAGUUUACCAACUAACAAAAUAGAGAUUGGAGCAAAGUCUUGUCCACAAGUCAUUUUAAAUAUUCAGGUAGCUCUGGGUAGUUAAUAAGUGGUUUGAUCCCACUUCUUUAACCAUUUUGCGUGCCAUGCCAUGAGAGGCUCAGUCCUGGGUGGGAUGUUUUUAUAUCAAUAUCAAUCUCAGCGCAGAGGUGAAAGGACAAGGAAAUGGGAUUGUGGCUUCCUUUAAGGAGCAUUACUAUUAGCCACAACCUUUCAUAUACAGAAGCAGUGUUUCAGUAUUCAAAUACACGUAGCUAUAAGCAGUCCUUUGUGUAUUUUCUGGUGGUGUCAACUGGCAAACCUCUGAUCAGAGAGGCGCUCUCACUCUGGCUGAGAAGUAAGUGUCAGCUGUUGCCGUCUUGUCUGAACAGAGACGCCUGGGACGCAUUCGGAACCGCCAGGUCGUUAGGUCAUGCGCCCCGCUGACAGCGCUGCUCUUCUUUAGCCAGGCUCCAUUUUUGUGUGCUGUUCUCCUUCCGCUCUGGGAAUGACCUGCAUUUGAAACAAGCUCCUACCUACUGCAUUUAUUUUUCCAAAGCUAAUGUGGGAGGAUGUUUUUGUUUGAAAAAGAGGAAAGGCUGGAGUUCUUCGGGUGAAAACUGGAUGGAAAUGGAUACAUGACCUCAGAAGACAGCUGCUCCAGCAGCUUCCCAGCUGGCCACCUCUAUGCCGCCUCUAUGUCUAUCUGUAUUCUACUUCUGUAUUCUACUUCUGAACUGAACCUUCAGAGUGUAAGCCUUUUUUGGUGAGUUUGUGUUCUGUUUGUUUCUGUGCUCUUCUGAUACUUUUCUAUGAAUGGCUGUGCACCACUGAUGCUGCUGAAUCCUUUGAUCACAAAAGCACGUGUGUAGCUUAAGGCCACUAUUGGUGAGGAAACCAAGUGUCCUCUGUGCCUUCUUCCUUUCUGUGAACUCAUUUAAAGACAUCCAGAAAAAGGAACUCCGGAGACUACCGUCCUGUGCAACAGGACGCAUACACGCACUUGCAGAGGUAAAGGGGUGUCUUGUCUGGAACUCAGCAGCAGCUGUAAACCUGUUAAGACUUCCUGACAUGCCGAGUUUUACGUGAUGACUUUGCUGGAGUACAAAAAGAAAGUGAAGACUUCGGUCAGCUCUGGCAUUGCCCCUAACUCACCAAGAAGCUAAUACUAAACUUGAAAAAUUAUUUAGGGUUCGAGCAGUUGUUUGUUUGUUUAAUAUGGCUUUCUGUGGGUAUGUGAAAAUUGAAGGAAACUUGACAAGAAGUCUGAUGGUGCCAGUUGCUGUUACUACCACACUCUACACAAGUUUCAUUACUUUUUUUUUUUUGAUUGUGGUUGCUGAGCUGCCAUUGGGCAAAGCCUAAGACUGCUAGGUACCUUUACAAGCCAGGCUGAUGCUGUACCAUGCCAUGUGAGGAAAUAGUACACAGGAUCUAAUUGCUAAACUGGAAGAGAACUUACAGACAGAAAAAUGGAGAAUAAAACAGCAAAAAAGUUGACUGAAAUCAAAUUCAAUCAAUAUAACUAUAUUUGAAACAUUCCGGGAAGGUUACUUCUUGUCAAACUUGCCUGGGGGUGUUUGUUCAAAACUUGUAUUUAAUAAAUGAGCACCUGACUUACCA